GAGCUGGGGACGCUGGGAAAAUGGCGGCGGCGGCGGCGGUGGUCGGGGCCGACUUCGCUUGUGCGGAUUUCUCCGACUUGCGGGAGAUCAAGAAACAGCUACUAGAUGUGGCGGAACGGAGCCGGGAGCGCGGCCUGCAACAUAGUGGGAAAUGGGCUUCAGAACUGGCCUUUGCCUUGGACCCUCUACCCUUGAGUGAGCUGCCUCCUGUUCCUGAGCUUACAGAGGAAGAUGCUUGUGAUUUGGAUGCUUACACACUUGCUAAAUCUUACUUUGACCUGAAAGAAUAUGACAGGGCAGCCUAUUUUCUAAGAAGCUGUAAGAGCCCGAAGGCCUAUUUUUUGUAUAUGUACUCCAGAUACCUGUCUGGUGAGAAAAAGAAAGACGAUGAGACAGUGGAUAGUCUAGGGCCCUUAGAGAAAGGACAGGUGAAGAAUGAAGUUCUAAGAGAAUUAAGGGUUGAACUUAGCAAGAAGCAUAAAGUCCGAGAAUUGGAUGGAUUUGGACUUUAUCUGUAUGGAGUUGUACUGCGAAAACUGGACCUAGUGAAAGAGGCCAUUGAUGUGUUUGUUGAAGCAACUCAUAUCCUGCCAUUGCAUUGGGGGGCCUGGCUGGAGCUUUGUAACUUGAUCACAGACAAAGAGACGCUGAAGUUCCUGUCCUUGCCAGAUACCUGGAUGAAGGAGUUCUUCUUGGCACACAUCUACACUGAGCUGCAGCUGAUAGAGGAGGCCCUGCAGAAAUAUCAGAGUCUCAUAGAUGUUGGGUUUUCCAAGAGCACCUACAUAAUCUCGCAGAUUGCAGUGGCCUAUCAUAAUAUUCGAGAUAUUGAUAAAGCAUUAUCCAUCUUUAAUGAAUUAAGAAAACAAGACCCUUUCAGGAUAGAAAACAUGGAUACCUUCUCCAACUUGCUUUAUGUCAGAGGUAUGAAGCCUGAAUUGAGCUAUUUGGCCCAUAAUCUAUGUGAGAUUGACAAGUAUCGUGUAGAAACUUGCUGUGUAAUUGGGAACUAUUACAGUUUGCGUUCCCAGCAUGAGAAAGCAGCACUCUAUUUCCAGCGAGCAUUGAAGUUGAAUCCUCGAUAUCUUGGAGCAUGGACCCUUAUGGGGCAUGAAUACAUGGAGAUGAAAAAUACAUCAGCCGCUAUUCAAGCAUAUAGACAUGCCAUUGAAGUGAAUAAAAGAGACUACAGAGCAUGGUAUGGACUGGGGCAAACAUACGAGAUUCUCAAGAUGCCAUUUUACUGCCUUUAUUAUUAUCGACGAGCCCAUCAACUCAGACCCAAUGAUUCCCGUAUGCUUGUUGCUCUUGGAGAAUCUUAUGAAAAAUUAAAUCAGCUAGUAGAAGCCAAAAAGUGUUACUGGAGAGCAUAUGCUGUAGGUGAUGUGGAAAAAAUGGCACUGGUGAAGCUAGCAAAGCUUCACGAGCAGCUGAAUGAAUCAGAGCAAGCUGCCCAGUGCUAUAUUAAAUACAUCCAAGAUAUCUAUUCCUGUGGGGAAAUAGGGGAAAACUUGGAAGUAAGCACCGCCUUCCGCUACCUGGCUCAGUAUUACUUCAAGUGUAAGCUUUGGGAUGAAGCCUCAGCUUGUGCUCAGAAAUGCUGCGCAUUCAAUGAUACGAGAGAAGAAGGGAAGGCCCUCUUGCGGCAAAUCUUACAGUUACGAAAUCAAGGGGAGACGUCAACUGCAGAGACGGCCACGCCUUUCCUACUUCCUUCGUCACUCUCUGCCAACAACACUCCAACCCGCCGAGUGUCCCCACUCAAUCUGUCUAAUAUUAUACCUUGAACUAUACAACCUUUCUGAGCUGGUUCAGUUGAGAGGGUGAUCCUGUUGUAAAUGGAUCUUUCUCUUGAAUACUGCCAUUCUAGGAAGGCUUUUGUACCCAGUUCUGAUUGCUGACGUCACGUUGCUGAGGAUGGCUGUCUAUUGUAUCGUAACCCUGAAAUGUUAGUAGCUCAGAUGGUGUAGUGAGCUGAAUUCACUCUACAUCUCAAGUCUUCUUACAAGUCUGGCAUCUGUGUGAGAAGAGAGAACCCUUCUCUUUAUAUUGGCAGUUGGUGGGAUUGCUUUCUGCCCCUUUCUUCACAUUCCUUUCUUAGGAUGUUGCAACAAGAUGCAGGUUAUCUGUUUAUCAGAUGUGCAUCAUAUUAGAAAUAGUAUCACAUUUAUUUGAAAUUGGAAAGAGUGUCUGUGAGCAGCUUUGUCUUUUUAUUCAGUGGCCAAGAAAAACUAUCCAAGCUGCCAUCUGCUUAGCAGCAGUGCAGAGAAGCAUGUGGAUGGAAAAGCUUAAAGGUCACAUCUAAUUCAGUGUAAUAAUGCCAGGCUGAAACUGGUAACAUGAAGUGAUGGGUAUAUUUUAUGCCAGCAGGUGCAGUGUUACUACUUUUCCACAUAGGCUGUAGAAAUUGUAAAGAAUAUCUUAAUCUUUUGUGCUCAAGAACCAGAGGAAAUUACUUAAGAGCAAAUCUGCUCAUUUCUUUGACUUACCAGCUUGUCAGUGCUCAGUUUAAAAAUAUGAUUUUGUAACUUAAAUGUCAGAAUUCAGGAAGCGUAGAACAAUUUUUUGUGUGGUUAAGUAUCAAGUUACCUACUAUUACCAUGUUUUUAUCAGUAUAUUUUCAAGAAACCAGAUUUAUGACUUCUCACAUGUUUCAGAGAUGUUGAGGCUUCAGUAUUCAUAUUUCGAACUCUUACCUUCCUCCUCCUCCAGGAACCUCAGCAUGGUAAAACAACCUUCCAAACUUAUCCUAGCAAAUGUCUCAGAUUUAUAGCCAGUUCAACCACCAAGUCAUAAUUGCUCGGAUCAUCUAGACAUAAAAUAAUUAUAAAAAUACUAAUAAAUUCUGACUGCUUAUAAGUAAUCUAAACCUAUCCCAUAUUACUGUAAUCGUAAAAUAAUCCAACCCACUCUUGUACUCUAUGGUAGUCAUUAAAUUUGGUGCCUUGUUAUAUUAGUGGAAACUGAAGCAAAAGUCUGCCACCCUUUGAAUAGAAGUUCUGAAUAUUUUUUUUCAGAUUGGAAUAAUAAAUAUUGUGCAUGAGGAGGUUCCUGCAAAACAGAGAAUCAGAAUUGUGAUUGUGCUGAUUCAGCACACCUACCUGAGCCUUGGACUGCUGCAAAUGAUUCCUUGAACUAAUGCAAGUGAUUAUCAAAAUCUAAACACUGUAACCUUUUGCUAUUAAAAUGAAGCAUUUAUCAGAGCUGGUAUAUACCCAUAAUUUUAACAAGCUAAUGGUAAUUGGUUUUCCAAGACAAAAAUAUCUGUCUUUGGCAAGGAAUUGUUAUAUGUUUGCAACUACAGCAUUCAUUCAGCGUUUUGCACAUUCUUUGUAUUGAGUAUAGUCGAUGACAUAGGUACUGGAGGGGAAUACUGGAGCCAACCUGAUUUGGUGGCCCAAGACUUCUCUAAACUACAGUACAUUUGUGCAGUUAAUGUUCUCAGAGAUAGAUUUCUUGAUAUAGGUCUGAGCUUCCGUAUGUAUUAUCCUCUUAAAAGAAAGUUUUGCCAUGUGGAAAGACAGCUGUUUGGAGGAAAAAUAAAAUGGAGGGCAACUU